CUCUGUUCCUCUGCAGGCUGACGGGGAACGAACCCCUGACCAUCCUCCCUCUGACCUCAGAAAUGGAGGAAGCUGCCGUCAAAGCCCACUACAAAGUCUGUGACCGCCUGAAGCUGGAAAAGAAGCAGCGCAGGAUGUGCCGGCGGGACCCUGGCGUGGCUGAGACCCUGAUGGAAGCAAUCAGCAUGAGCGCGCUGGAAUGCCAGUACCAGUUUCGCUUCGAGCGCUGGAACUGCACCCUGGAGGGUCGCUACCGGGCCAGCUUGCUAAAGAGAGGUUUUAAGGAGACAGCCUUCUUGUACGCCAUCUCCUCCGCGGGGCUGACGCACGCCAUGGCCAAGGCGUGCAGCGCGGGGCGGAUGGAGCGUUGCACCUGCGACGAGGCUCCCGACCUGGAGAACCGCGAGGCUUGGCAGUGGGGCGGCUGCGGAGACAACCUGAAAUACAGCAACAAGUUUGUCAAGGAGUUCCUGGGGAGGAAGCCCAACAAGGACCUGCGAGCCAGGGUGGACUUCCACAAUAACCUCGUGGGCAUGAAGGUCAUUAAAGCUGGAGUGGAGACAACCUGUAAAUGCCAUGGUGUAUCUGGAUCCUGUACUGUCCGAACAUGCUGGAGGCAGCUCUCUCCAUUCCAUGAAAUAGGGAAGCAGCUGAAGCAAAAGUACGAGACAUCGCUCAAAGUGGGCAGCACUACCAACGAGGCCACAGGGGAAGGAGACAUCUCUCCACCCAAGAAGUCCAUCCCUGGUCACAGUGAUCAAAUCCCAAGGACUACGGAUCUUGUCUACAUUGACGAUUCCCCAAGCUUCUGUAUGAUGAGUAGAUACUCACCUGGGACUUCGGGAAGGAAAUGUUACAAAGACAAGAAUUGUGAUAGCAUUUGCUGUGGGCGAGGGCACAAUACGCAGAGCCGGGUGGUCACCCGUCCGUGCCAGUGCCAGGUCCGUUGGUGCUGCUAUGUGGAAUGCAAGCAAUGCACCCAGAGAGAAGAGGUUUACACCUGCAAAGACUGACACGUCUUCUGCUUGAUGGCAACUCUUGGUGACGGGCGAUGGCGAUCUAUGAGAACUAAAUACGGAGACAAACAGGGUUUGAUUGACCUUCUGGGAUCUGAAAGCUAUGUUGAGACAUAAGCACUUUGUAGGGUACAGGUGACCCAGCCGUGUUGCUCUUUUGUUUUUGUUUCGUUUUGUUUUUUUCCUGUAGACUGAAUUUUAAUGAGGUCCAACCAUGUGGAAAUAAGUGCCUGUCACACUGGGGUUAGACACCAGUUGACCUUCACCUUAGUUGUCUACACAGUUCGAUGGAUCAUUUAUCCUUGGAACAUCUUAUCAUUUCACCAAUCCUCCAUGAACUCCUGGCCUAAUAUAUUCUCUUUGGCAUAAAUAACCUAUACUACUUUAUUCCUGAAGCUUACCCAACUGCUU